AUUUUCUUUAUCUUUUGAUCUCUUGAUCUUUUUUUAUCUAUCUCCCAAUUAUAACAAAUAUCUCUAUAUUUUUAUAUUCCCUAUAUUUCUCACACUUCUUUUUUCUCCCUCAUAUAUUCCAUAUUCCUAUAUUCUUAUAUUCUAAUAGUCCAAUAUCUCCAUAUUCUUAUAUUUUCUAAUUGCAAUCACACAAAAUGUCUUUUACUGAAAAAUUCACAAAAUCGUUAGGAUUACAAUCCGACACCAUAAUCCGUCGUAAUGCUGCUGUUCCUGUCUUGUAUGAAGAUGGUUUGAAAGAAAAAGGAACUGUCAUCUCUUCCUCUGGUGCCUUGAUGGCCUACUCUGGUGACAAAACCGGUAGAUCUCCAAAGGACAAAAGAAUUGUCGAUGAAGAAACCUCUACUGACAAUGUCUGGUGGGGUCCUGUCAAUAAAAAAGUUUCUGAAAGAACCUGGAACAUUUCUAAAUCAAGAGCUGUUGAUUACUUGAGAACAAGAGAAAAAUUAUUUGUUGUCGAUGCCUACGCAGGUUGGGAUCCAAAAUACAGAUUAAAAGUCAGAAUUGUUUGCGCCAGAGCUUACCAUGCUUUAUUCAUGAGAAAUAUGUUGAUCAGACCAACUGAAGAAGAAUUGAAGGACUUUGAACCUGACUUCGUUGUCUACAACGCUGGCCAAUUCCCUGCCAACUCUUAUACCGAUGGUAUGACCUCCUCCACCUCAGUUGAAAUCAACUUCAAAACUAUGGAAAUGGUCAUCUUGGGUACUGAAUAUGCCGGUGAAAUGAAAAAGGGUAUCUUUACUGUCAUGUUCUACUUGAUGCCAAUCAAAUACGAUGUUUUGACUCUCCACUCCUCUGCCAACCAAGGUAUCAAGAACAAAGAUGUCACUUUAUUCUUUGGUUUAUCUGGUACCGGUAAAACCACUUUAUCUGCUGACCCACACAGAUUGUUGAUCGGUGAUGACGAACACUGCUGGUCCAACGAUGGUGUCUUCAACAUCGAAGGUGGUUGUUACGCCAAAUGUCUCGGUUUAAGUGGUGAAAAAGAACCCGAAAUCUUCGAUGCCAUUAGAUUUGGUUCCAUCUUGGAAAACGUUGUUUACGACUCAGAAUCUAGAGUUGUUGAUUACGAAAACGACGUUAUCACUCAAAACACUAGAUGUGCUUACCCAAUUGAAUUCAUUCCAGGUGCUAAGAUUCCUUGUUUAGCUCCUGAACACCCAAAGAACAUUGUUCUCUUGACCUGUGAUGCCAGAGGUUGUUUGCCUCCCAUCUCCAAAUUGACCAACGAGCAAGUUAUGUACCACUUCAUCUCUGGUUACACCUCAAAAAUGGCUGGUACUGAACAAGGUGUUACUGAGCCUGAAGCCACUUUCUCCUCUUGCUUUGGUCAACCUUUCUUAGCUUUGCACCCAAUGAAAUACGCUAAGAUGUUGUCUGAAAAAAUGAAAGAACACAAAACUAAUGCCUGGUUACUAAACACCGGUUGGGUUGGUGCAUCUAUCUCCAAAGGUGGUAAGAGAUGUCCAUUGAAACACACCAGAGCCAUCUUGGAUGCUAUUCACGAUGGUUCCUUAGCCAAUGCUGAAUACGAAACUUAUCCAGUCUUUGGCUUGCAAGUUCCAAAGAGCUGUGGUGCUGUUCCAAAAGAAUUGUUGAACCCAUCAAAAUUUACUGCCAACUCCAGUGAUUAUGUGUCUGAAUUGAACUCCUUGGCUGGUUUAUUCAACGAAAACUUCAAAAUCUACUCUGCUGGCUGUACUCCUGAAGUUAUUGCUGCUGGUCCAAAAGUUGCCUCUGUUGAUUCACCUUCUCUCCCAGCAAAAAUUGCUCCAAAAUUCUUCAACUUGUUAUAAGUUUAACUAGCUAAUUCUCAUAAUCACAAUCACAAUUACAAUAAUCAAUAAUCGUCAUUAGUUUUUUUAAAUUAUUUACAACAUCCAAGUUUUUUUUGUUGUUUUCAAAGUUCUUACACUUUCUUUUUGUUCCUUGCUUAUAGUAUAAUUUUUUCUUAUCUUUAUCUAUGUUUAUUUUUAUUUUUAUUUUAUCUUAUUAUCUUAUUUUAUUUUUCUCAUUUUCAUCUUCAAGUUUCAUUCGUGUGUCUGUUAAUAAA